AUGCUAGGACCGUUGGAAUUACCGCUGUUCCCGUCCUGCGCGGAUUGCCUGGCAUGGUCGGCAGACGGUGAAUUAGCCAUCGGUGCGGGGGAAUACGUCCAGAUCCUGACCCCUAAGACGGCCAAUGAAAAAGCUGAGCAGGGCCCUGCACAAAAAGCCAUCAACAACUGGCAUUCCAAUCGCUUUCGAGUCAACAUUUUCACCAACAGUGAAUGGCCAACCAUCUAUCCCCAGAAACGUGACCACUUCUCCCUCGGCGGUGAGCAGUCCCUGAGCACCGUGGUAGGGUUGGCUUGGUCCCCUCCCGGACUCGCCAAGUAUCGACGCUGUGUGCUUGCGGUCUUCACUUCGAAUCUACUACUCUCACUCUACGAGCCUGUCGGAAUUCAAGGGAGAUGGACGCGAGUGGCGAUUGUCAACGAUUCAUUGAAACUGUACUUCCAACCGCAGGUCCAGGAUGAGGGUCUGGUGCUGCAGAAAUCCGCCAUCCGGUCAUUUUCAUGGUCAUCGCCUCUCAAGGUCCCCGUUGCGCAGCAAGAUGCGGACUCUCUCUUGGCCGCUGGGCCCGAGAGUCGAUGGGGCUUCCACUUGUUGUCAGUCGCGAAUGACGCUAAGGACGUGAUAUUUCUACGGGUGCGAGGCUUGACAGCAGUGCAAAGCCCGAGGUACACGGCUGAUGUGCUGUCCAUUACUUCUUUUGACGAAUCACCGGAGAGCCACCCCCAGAUUAAUCCUUCCUCACUUUUUGCAGCCGCUCUACAGUCGAAAGCCGUUGUGUCAUCAAUGGGUUGGGGCCCAUGGACUUUCUCAGGAGAAGAGCGUCAAUCUGAGAGCGCAAACGCCCAUCAUGCGACAGGAAACCUGGCCGUUGUAUACGGGACAAAGCUGAAGAUGAUAAAGUUCGGAAUCGAUGCGGCAUCUCUCAGGCAGGGACCAGAUGAAGGCCUUUUUCCCGAGCCAGUGGCCGAGUCAGAGAUGAAUACUUUGUUCCAUAGCGACGAGCUGGAAGACCUUCACUUUACUGGUCCUAUCAAAUGGAUCAAUCUGCAGGACACGCAAAAGCUCUGGCUAGCCGCCGGCGUUUUCGCGGGACUCGCUCUCAUCACCAUCCCUCACGCAAUGUAUAAAGAGCAGGAUCACAAAUCCGCACAAACCCGACUGGAGAAGUUUCCAUUCCACGAGGACACGGCGACCGAUAUCCAACGUGAAGCCCCAAGGCAUUGGGACCCAAUAACAUCCAUGACUAUCACACACGACCCAGACUCCCAAGACUGCACGCUCCACGCAGCAACAGCCGGAGGCUACGCAAUAACAAAACAUCUCAACCCCAACCAAGAAGACACGCCACUUUUCAAAGCCCCAUGGAAGAACCAAAUCGACGACAUGCGCGAGCAGUUCGAUUUUGACCGAGACUUCGGCGGUCUCGCCGUAGCCAGAAUCUGGGGGCUAACCUCAUACAACGGCAUCGUCGCAAGCGCGACGACGCUCCAUCCGGGCGAUGUCAUCGAAUACCGCACCGCCUCGGAGGACCGAGCGAUAAUCACCUUCUCGACGCCCACAGGCGCAGUAGCAGACGAACUGCCCGACGCGCCAACAACAAUAACAACAGCCGCUACCUCUUCCCUUACCCCGGAAUCACCCCAAACAAGACGCGACGCAGCCCUGAGACACAUCCUCCUCUCUCGCGACAACGAACCACCUCUCUGUGGCAGAAUCCUCUACGCAGCCGCGUGCUCCGCCAUCGUCGAAUCCGAUAACGAGGACAUCAUCGAGCAAGCCCGCGAGGCCCUCACCAGCCUAGCCAGCGCUACAGGCGCAGAUCUAAGCGAGGAGCUUUCCAAAUUGUCCUCCGCCCCGGGCACAAUCGACGCAAAGUCCGCCGCGGAGCUCAGCGGGCCGGGCAGUUCUUUGUUCGAAAGGUGCGAUAUCUGCGAGGCCGGGCUGUCGUGGUACUCGACUCAAGAAGCGCAGUGCGCCGCCGGUCAUCUCUUCGCAGUUCGGUGCGGUUUGACAUCGCUGGCUAUCCAAGACCCCGGGGUAUCGAAGUUCUGUUCCGCCUGUGGAAUGGAAUACCUGAACGAGGACGCGAUCGACGCGUCGGACGCGGACCUCCAGCGCUCAUGUCGGACGCUGUUCGACAUGUUCGAUACCUGUGCUUCUUGCGGCGGGAAAUUCCGCCUGUAG